AGCUGGCAAUUUCGUGUGUGAUUUAGAGAGCGAGUGCGAUUGUGUUUUCGUUCUUUUUAUGCGCCGGCGACUAGGCCUCACGUCGUCGACGAGAACUUCUCCCCUCUUUCUUCUUUAUCUCCCUUGCUCUUCUAUGGCUACCUAUCUCGACGCUCUCUCAGAAGCCCCUCCUGGAUCUGUUAUUCCGGUGGCAUCUGAAACCCUAAAUUCCAUGGGUCACUCGUCUACUCUUGGUUCCGACAUCAAAAUUCCUCCGUCCUCGAUUCCAGAAGGAAUCCCCUCUGCCCCGGCUGUUCCGUAUGCGACCAGAUUCAAAGCCUCCCUCCGUAACCUAAAGAAAAUGUCGGCUUCCUCAUUCCUCGACGAUGGGACACCGGUGGGUUACAUUGUGGCUCAAUGUCAUGGUCUUCUCCCUCCGGCCUCGGUAGUCUACCAUGACCUUAAUCCGAUUUGGGAAAAAUUUGGUAAUAUCUCGAUGCGCAAGAUCUCUGACUUCGCUUGUAUGAUCUUCAUUCCCUCGGUACAAACAAGGGAAUGGGUCCUGCAAGUCGGGUUUUGGAAUGCGGGUCACUGCUCCUUCACAGUCUCACCUUGGACCCUGGAAUUCUCGCUUGAAACUCAGGAGCUCAAAUCAGCACUGACCUGGGCAAUCCUAAAGAAUGUUCCCCCAAUGCUCUACUCGCUCGAUGGUAUCAGCGUAAUUGCCAGCACCAUUAGAGAACCCCUGCACACAGAAAAAUCCCAUCUGGAUGCAAUUUAUAUUGGUCAGACAAAAGUGAAAGUUGAAAUAAUGCUCGAUAGCUCCCCUCCAGAGUCUAUUGUCAUUCGGGAUUCGCAAGGUAACUCAGCGAUGGUCUCGGUCUCCUACCCUAGCUUACCACCAAAAUGCUCCAACUGUGGA